UCUCUUCAGUUUACCCUCUCUCUCACUCUCUCUACUCGAUGAGAUCCCGCCCUGUAGCACCUCUAUAGCAUGCUCACUGCUCAUUGUUUGCUCAGGACUAGACGAUCCAUCUUUCCGCACUGCAUGUCAACAACAUGUACCAUGACGCACCGUCCCUGGCGAUCAAUCCAAAACAAACGUCCUUGAGUAAUUAGACAAAAUCCCUGGUAUGCAGACUACGCUGCAAGCUACUGACACCUUCCCGCUGUUGACGAUGCACGAGGGUUUGUCCUUCUGUCCUUCUAACAAAGAUAUAUAAAGGGUCCUCUGCUCAUGCUCUGAUCCUAAACCAUCACUCUCUCGUCUCGUCUCGUCUCUCCUCAAAUCUCUCCUCUUCGUCAAGUUUGAUACUUGCUCUAGGUCGAUCCUACACACACCCACCUCCAACACUAUGCGCUCCUCUAUCGUCAUCGCUGCCUUUUCCGCCCUUGCGCUUGAAGCGUUUGCGGCUCCUGUCAAGAGAGGAGGAAUCCUCGGUGGGGACAUUCUCGACGGACCCAUUGUCAGUGGGAACUCGAUCCUCCCCAUUCUCUCCGACUCGAAUCCCACCGUUGUCUCCCCCUUUACCCACUCCUCCUCUAAACGAGACGGUAUUCUCGGUGGAGAGAUCCUCGAUGGACCCAUUCUCAGUGGAAACUCGAUCCUCCCGAUCAUCUCCACCUCGGACCCAUUGGUCGUUUCCCCCCACACCAAGUCGGACAAGCGAGACGGUAUCCUUGGAGGUGAUCUCCUUGACGGGCCUAUCCUGAGCGGAAACUCCAUACUCCCCAUUCUUUCGGAUUCCGAACCCACCGUGGUCUCACCCUUCACCCACUCAUCGAGCAAGCGUGGAAUCCUCGGCGGAGACUUGCUGGACGGCCCUAUUCUCAGCGGCAACUCGAUCCUCCCCAUCCUUUCCGAUUCUGAGCCCACGGUCGUUUCCCCGUUCACUCACAGCGACAGCAGCAGCUCGAAACGAGAUGGCAUCUUGGGAGGUGACCUGCUUGAUGGACCCAUCCUGAGUGGAAACUCUAUCCUCCCUAUCCUGUCGGAUUCCGAACCCACCGUCGUCAGCCCAUUCACCCACAGUGACAGCUCGAAGCGGGACGGUAUUCUCGGAGGAGAUCUUUUGGAUGGACCCAUACUGAGCGGGAACUCGAUCCUCCCCAUCCUGUCGGACUCGAAUCCCACCGUGGCCAGCCCGUUCACCCACAGCGAGUAGUACCCUAGUAGCAUCUUGUUUUGUUUGUUUGUUCACCUUCGAGAGACGAUGAUUGAAUCAUCAUCACACAACUGAGCGCUUGACGCCGAGGACAAUUUUUGGAGAGACGAGAGGACAUUUUUAAACAAGGCAUAGGACGGUUUGUUUGUCCUGAGCCAGCCUUUAUUAUAUAGACAGUGAUGUAUGGAC